GGUCGCUAGCGUCCUUCUUUCGCUCACGCAGGGCACCCUUCAAGACAUCCCACACAUCGUGCGAGGUGUGAUUGUCAGGGGUAAGAGGUGGAAAAGAUGGAGCAGAGCUGAGAGUCAGAAGCAUUACAAAAAGAAGCCCAACGGCCACCUCCACGUUUUCUGUUCCUUUUCUUUCUGAUCGUCAUCCGGCCGCAGUCACUCCUUUGAUAUCCGCAGUGCCGUCACUCCUUACGUUCCUUACACUCAGCAAUCACGAUCUGUUUUUUAUUUAUUGAUUUUUUUUUUUGAUUUUUUGAUUUUUUUUUGGUUCUUCUUCAAGAUGCGUCUUCUUGCUCUCGCUGCCCUCGCGGCGCCGCUCGUCUCGGCCCUCCAGUUCACUGACCCCGCCGCUAAUGCCACCCUUCACAAGGGUGAGACCUAUGACCUGAAGUGGUCCACCGUCGAUACCGACCCCAACGACUUCAGCGUCUACCUGGUCAACUUUGUCAACUGGCCUCCUUACUAUGCGCCUCUGGCCUAUAACGUUGAGCCUUCCUCCGGCGAGCUCAGCGUGACCAUCCCUUGCGACAUUGAUAGCUCCUAUGGCUGGCAAUUCAACGCUAUCAACGGGACCAACGUCUACGUUAUCUAUGCCCAGACGCCCAAGUUCUUCAUCAGCGGUGGUCCCUGCUCAAACUCGCCCUUCCCGACCGGGGCGCCCUCGAGCUGCGCGCCAGAGGCCACCGUCACCGUCACGGUGAGCACAACCCUUUCGCAGUCCUCCUUCUCCACUCUUCUCUACGCCAACUCUACCGGAACCGCCAGCCCUACUACUCUUAUGAAGCCCGCCACCAUUACCAAGUCCCCCCUCCCUGGAAAGGUUCCUGACACCAUUGGCUGGGGCCCCUCAGGCUACAAUCAUCCCGUAAAAUUGACCGCUAUCCCUACCGGUCCCGGUGACGUCCCCGUGCCGGCCACCACCGCUCCUCCCGUCGCCAACGGUGCUGUGUUCCUGGCCAAGACUGGCAGCACGAGCACCAUCUACCACACCGUCUACAGGGAUCUCUCUGAGGUCCUGGACCAGGGUUGCAUGUGCUAAAGCAACAUGGCUCAUGCUAUCAUGCAAGAAACAAGGAAGAAGGAAAUUCGAUUGUUGAAGGAGGGAAGGAAGGAUGAUGGAGGAAGUUCUGUUGGGCUGAGUGUUGGUGGUUUGUUGACUUGGAAACCGA